AUGUCUAAUGAGUUCAAUGAAGAAGAUCUAGUAAUUUGUCCAAUUACUGGGAUGUGGUUCAGUAAUAAGGAUGUUAUGUUUGAUUUUUACAAAGAACAUGCAAGAUUAUCAGGGUUUUGCAUUGUCAAAAGAACAUCAAACAAAAAAGGUGGUGAUAUUGUUAGGUAUGUGCAAUAUGGUUGUGAUAGGUCUAGGAAACCAAGGAAUAAGCAUGUUACCAAGAGGAGGAACUGUCGUGCUAGAAUAAAUGGAAUUUUGGAGGAGAAUGGUUCAUGGCAUGUUUCAAAGCAAAAAGAUAGGGAAUUUUACUACUCUGUAGAUAUGGAUAGUUUUGGUCGACUUCGUAAUGCCGUAUGGGUUCAUUCACACUCUAAGGUUGCAUAUGAGGAGUUUCACGAUGUAAUUUGCCUUGAUACCACAUACCUUGUGAAUCGAUACAAUAUGCCAUUUGCUUUAUUUGUUGGUGUCAAUCAGCAUAGGCAGUCCAUACUUUUGGGAUGUGCUCUUAUGUCUAGUGAGGAUACAACAAGUUACAAAAUGGUGCUCUCUACAUGGCUUGGGGCUCUAAACAAUGUUCGUCCAUUAGCUAUCAUGACUGACCAAUGUGAUAGUAUUAAGGCUGUCAUCAAUGCAUUGAUGCCAAAUACGGUACAUAGAUAUUGUAUAUGGCAUAUAUUCGCAAAGUUGCGUACGAAGUUAAGCGGAGUUUUUGACGGUAAGAUUGUAAAGGCAGAAUUUAAGGUUUUAGUCCUUGAUAGCAUUAACGUUGCUGAGUUUGAGAGAAGAUGGACUGAUUAUAUUGUAAAAUAUAACUUAGAUGUAAGGGAUUGGUUUUAUAAGCUUUAUUUGGAGAAGGAAAAAUGGGUUCAUGUAUACCUAAAUGACCACUUUUGGGCUGGGAUGUUGUCCACACAAAGAAGUGAAGGAAUGCAUGCUUUCUUUGAUGGAUUUAUCACCCGCCAAAGCACUUUGAAGCUAUUUGCUCAGCAAUAUGAGUUAGCCAUAAGAGCUAAGUUCGAGAAAGAAUUGGAAGCUGAAUAUAGGUCAAGGUGCUUUGAACCAAAAUGUUUGUCUGAAUUCGCAUGUGAGGAAAAACUUCAAGUAUGUUAUACUCGUGAAGUGUUUGAAUUUUUUCAAGUACAGUUAAGAAAACUGUUCCAUUGUGAAAUCAGUACCCCUGAAGAUCAUCAAGCAAACCCUGGAGUGGAGAAAUACACUAUAACAAAUUCUUUGUUCAGGAGUUUUAACACUAGAGAUCCAUUUGUAUUCACGGUUGAAUAUACACCUAUUGGUGAGUAUCUAAGUUGCAGCUGCAAGUGGUUUGAAACAAGAGGUAUUCUAUGUUGUUAUAUACUUAAGGUGUUGUCUCAUAAAAGGAUUAAAAACGUUAAUGAGAGAUUGGAACAUGACCUUUUGAAUUGGGAUGAUGAUAUGAUAGUUCCAAAUUGGGAUUUGGAAGAUACACAUGAUGGUGUGAGUGAGGGUGGGGGUGAAGGUGGGGNGACGAAUUGA